AUGGUGCCCUGGCGACCCGAACCGACGCCUCAGCGCGAGGUCGAACCGAUCCAAGGCCCCGCACGGCGAGUAUCCCAAACGUCAUUGGCUUCCGAUUUGCCACCUGACAUGCUCAGAGGCAUCUCAUUGGAUUUGUGCCUGCAGCAGUGGGGAAAGCAUUUUCAGCGCGAUUCAGAUGCGGAUGACUUUUCCCUGAGUCAUCAAACCGACAGCAUCGAUUUCUUCCUUAGCCACGACUGGGCUACCUCUCGCUGGUCUAAGACUCUGGCUUUGCUGUUGCACUUCAACGGCGUGCCAGCGGCACUGGCGGCCGCGGUGGUCAAUGCGCUGACUUGCAACCUUCUCCUCGCCGGUCGGCUUCCAGGUGGCUGGCAAACAGCAAGCGCGGCGACGUAUUUGACGUUUUUGGGGGUCUUCUGCUUCUGGCAACGCGUGCGCAGUCUUGUUCCGAAACUGCGUACGGUGGUGUUUCUGGAUCGGCUGUGUAUUGCCCAGCAUGACCCUGAACUUAAGCAGCAGGGCAUCAGGGGUCUUGCUGGCUUUCUGUCCAAGUCCCAGAACCUCAUCAUAUUGUGGACACCCCGGACAUUCACUCGGCUUUGGUGCACCUUCGAGUUGGCACGAUUUCUGAAGCCCGAUGAUGGCGACAGCAAUCGGCCCGUUCAAAUCGUUCCUGUCGCCAUGCCAGCGCUUGUGAUGCUGACCUGUCUAGCAAACACUUCAUUCUGGACGCUAUUCCACAUCUUCUUGACGAUCGAAGAAACCGGCAACUUUGGGAUAAAAGGCUUCCCGAUAAUGCUUUUUGCAGCCGGCGUUCUUGGCCCGUUCAUGUUCACUUUUCUUGUCACACAGAUCUACUAUGGCACGCAGCAUCUGCUCGAGAUGGCUGAGCUGGAGGGGCAGAUGCGAGGCUUUAGCAUCCGAGAGUCGCAGUGUGCCUGCUGCGGCUUUGACCACGUGCACCCCUCCACGGGCGAGCCGAUCCUGUGUGACAGAUCGUUGGUGUUCCAGACGCUUCGACGGUGGUAUUCUGAUAUCGAGGAACAGGACUACCUAGAUCGUUUUGACGCUCUCGUGCGCGAGCAGCUGAGGGUGUUCGUCCUCGAGAAGCUCGGGUCGGGUGCUCCGCCCCUGCGCUUGGUGAUGGCCAUGGCGACCAUUUCGCCUCUUGGCCUCCUGCCUCAGUACUUGCACAUGGCCAUCCAUCGCCUCAGGGCGCACUCAGGGCACGGUCAUGAUUGGAAACUCUGGCAAUGGGUCGUCAUGUACUUGCAGGUACCAGCGAUUUCGCUGUUCUUUUUCUGGCUUGCAUCAGCCACUUUGAGCAUAAGUGCUACACUGGCGACAAGGAUGUCGAUGCGCAAGGCUGUGGCAGUCGUUUUCGUGUUGGAUCUCUUCCUGCUCCUUUGCUUUUGGCUUCCUCUCUCAGUGGCGAGCUUCCCGAAAAAGCCUCGAAUGAUCCCGAUUGCGGCCGCCAUGUUCGCAGUGCUUGUCACUUUGUAUGCCUGGCGGUAUAGACGAGUCUUGAGAAAACUGGUCUCGCAUGGCGAGUAG